UUGUUUCAGUGCGUUGAUCGGAUUUUGAGCAGAAGCGCUGGAGAGCUAAAUGCUUUCGCCGUCGUCCGCCCACCAGGUCAUCAUGCAGGAAUAUCUGAACCGAGCGGGUUUUGCAUUUUCAACAAUGUUGCCGUAGCAGCUCAGUAUGCCAUAAAUAAGUACAAUUUGCGUCGGGUUCUGAUUCUUGACUGGGAUGUGCACCACGGUAACGGGACACAGGAGAUCUUCUACGAAGAUGAUCGUGUGCUUUACAUGUCUAUUCACCGCCAUGAUGAAGGGAGAUUUUAUCCUAUGGGAGAACCUAAAGACUACAUUGACGUCGGUGAAGGAAAAGGAAAAGGAUUUUCUGUGAAUAUUCCAUGGAGCCAUGCCAACAUUGGCGAUGACGCCUACCGCGCAGCUUUCGCCAAGGUAAUAAUGCCGAUUGCCUACGAAUUCAAUCCAGAGAUCGUGUUCAUCUCAUCCGGAUUUGAUGCUGCUAUUGGUGAUCCCCUCGGUGAAUACAGGGUAAGUGCUGAAACGUUCGCUUUGAUGGCCUACCAGCUUCUUGGACUGGCUGGAGGAAGAGUAAUCGCUGUACUCGAAGGAGGUAAUUCUUUGCGUUAG